ACAAAGAGGGCGUGAACCUCGGAGUCAAGACAGGAACAUGUCCGCGCACAUUUGAAAAGCUUAUUUUUCGAUCUUUACCUUAAUGGGUUAACUUAAGUAGUGUUUAUGCUGAUAUUGGAAAUCACCCGAUACACAAGUAAGGGUUAAAUAAAUAAAAGACAAGGACUGCGAGACGAUACAGACUAUUCCUUAUUAUCAGAAAUAAUGCUGAUAUCUGGAACUCAUGUCGAACGUGUAUGAAGAGAGAGCCACAAUGAUAGCCGCAGGGGAAUUGCAGUCGUUUGUCCCGUUUGGCCGUGAGCACUGCAAGAACCACCCGAACGCUGUGAACCUACAGCUCCGUCAGCUGCAGCCAGCUUCUGAGCUCUGGUCGUCAGAUGGGGCAGCUGGCCUGGUGGGCUCUCUCCAGGAGGUCACCCUACAGGAGAAUGAGAGGGAAUGUUGGCAGCUGAGGAAGGGUUGUGUUGGAGACAGUGGUGAUGUUGAUUAUGAAGAGGAGCUGUAUACAGCAGGUAACAUGGUGAUCUGGAGCCAGGGCAGCAGGAAUCAGGCCUCCAGCGUAUACAAAGCCUUCACUGUUGACAGCCUGGUGCAACAGGCCUUAUGGUGCAACUUUGGUGUUCCACAAAAGAAUAAGGAUGCGCAUGAAGUUGAGGAGCAGACCGUGUGCAUUGUCCAGAGCACAUGUGUCAACGUCCACAGUGUGUCCGGAAAGGACUUCAUCUCCCCCUUGCCCUUUCAAGUCUCCACACUGUGGCCCACUAAGUUUGGUCUGCUGCUGGAACGCAAGAACCCUGCAUCUGACGCACCUCUGAGCCCUCUAAGGGAGCCACUACCUACGGUGUUCAGCAUGCUGCACCCUCUGGAUGAGAUCUCUCCGGUCAUAUGCCGACCUUCAGGUCUGUUCGAAGCAGCUAGUGUGCAGUAUGUGUCGGAUAGCACCAUGAAGAUAGUCUUCACCUGCAGUGAGCCUUCCAUAGUGGUAACCUACGACACCGUCCAGGGAAACCACUCUGUGUGGGCGCUGCACAAAGUCACGUCUGAAGAGCAGGCCGCCAUGCUGAAGUGGCCCGAGCAGAUGGGCAGCAGGGCGCAGCAGGGCCUCGUGGGACCCAGCUUCCUGACCUCUCACCUCCGGAGCGUCCCCCGGCUCGACUCCCCGGUCGGGGUGGGGAUGGUCUCCCCUCUCCACUGCCACGCCCUGCACAGCCGGAUGACGUCAUCUCCGGGCCACCACUCGCGGACUCACUCCCCGAGCAUUUCCAACAUGGCCGCCCUCAGUCGGUCCCACUCCCCCGGCAUGGCGGCGCCCUCCUUUACGGGUGCAGCUCGCUUCAAUGUGUCAUACUGCUCCCUGUCCCCAAGGGGGCACCCCAGCUUGCUGCCCUCGCCCAACAGCACCAUCAACGAGUCGCUGCUGGGGCCAGAGAUGGAGCCCAUUGUACCAGACCUCUGCAUGGAGCAGCUGUGGAGUGAGCCGGCCACUGCUGCCCCCCACAGGGAGAUGAGCUGCCAGGCAUCAAAAGUUUUUUUGACCUCUGACCUCUGUGAGAACCACUACCUCUGCUUCCUGGUGGAGUCCCACCAACAGCUCAGGUGUGUUAAAUUCAUAGAGAGCAACAAUCCCUCUCAGCUCAUUUUCCCAUCUGUGGUCACCCUUCCUGCCAAAGAUGCAGCACCUUUAGAGCACAUAGACGCCAUGUUGGUUCUGGAGACCAAUGGCAGCCUGGCACUGUACACAGGAGUCACCAGGGUCAGCAAGGUGUUCGUCCCGGGCCUCCUAUCGCCCAGCUUCAGCUUGUCCAACCACAGCGGUCAGCAGAGCACGCCCAUCGAGGGUGUGAGCACCCCUGCCAAAGCCACUGGCAGACACAUCAGGACCAUGGAUGAGAUGGCUAUGCCGUCUCCCGUGUCAGAGAUUAAGGGGUCGACCACCAAGCUCCCUGAUUGGUCCUGGCAGGACGACUACCCCUUCCAAACAAUGGUUCCAUACAUCCAAGCUCUCCGAGACCCUGUCAGCAACAGGGUGACUCUGGAGCUAAGUAAUGGCACAAUGCUGAGGAUAUCCAUCCCUGAAAUCGCCACAUCUGAGCUGGUGAGGAAGUGUCUGCAGGCGUUGCGGUUCAUCCUUCCUAAGGACGUGGCCAUGAAGGUUCUGGUGAAGUGGUACAGCAUGUACAACGCCCCUGGUGGGCCCAGCGCUCACCUGGAGUGGAACCUGUUCGUCACCUGCUUCAUCAGCCUCAUGGGCUACAACACGGAGCGCCUGCGCUGGACUCGCAACCUCCAUUUUGAAGUGCCCCUCUCUCCCGUGAUUGCUGCCAAGAAGGCUCGCCCGGCCGAGACGGGCUCUGAUGAGGACUGGGAAUACAUGCGGGGCUGUCACUACCAUCGGCAGAUGGUGUGCAGGCUUGCUGGUCUGGAGUCCGUAACAAGCGAACCCUCUGCCGGAGACUCCUCCUCCCAAUCCCAGUCCCCUCCCACUAGCCCCACCCUGCGUCUGGACAGCUCCGCCCCUCUGUUCCCCCACAUCCCCGCCCUCUUCUACGUGCUGCACCUGCUCUACCAGGAGAUGCAGCUGAACGACCUGCAGAGGGGCGGGGCCAGGGCCCUGGUCAGCCUGCUGCAACAGCUAGCCAGAGACCUACAUCUGGAGCAGUACAUCGACCUGUACUGGAGAGAUUACCCCUCCCUCAUCACCUCCUUCACUGAAGUCUGUCUCAUCGAGCAGGCCCAACUGGAGCAGAUGCAGCGGCCGGCGUUCCUGAGGGCGGAGCCUCCCUGUGUGUUCAGCUGGCUCAGCCGCUGCCUGAGAGGACAGGAAGUCCCGCCUUUUCCCUUCCUGCCUGGCAUCUGCGAGAGGACCCGACUCUUGGUUCUGAGCUAUGCCUUGUACAUCGUUGGAGAUGAGAAUGCCAUUUCGGUCGACAUGUCCAAAUACUUGGCCAAGUUUUCUGCUGGCCAGAGGAAGAGUGGUUCUGAAGCUAACUUCAGGAGACAGAGCAGUGGGAAGACUGAAUCCUCGAAUGAGAGUCUAGCUGAGAAGCUGGUGGUGUGGUUAACCUCAGCAGGUUUCACUCUGAAAGACCUGGAGUCUGUCCCCUUCGGUGUGGCCUUGCCCAUCCGAGACGCCAUCUACCAGUGCCGAGAGCAGCCCUGCUCCGAUUGGUCGGAAGAUGUCUGUUUGUUGAUUGGACGGCAGGAUCUCACCAAGCAAGCCCACAAACUCACCCUGGCCAAGGGCAAAGCUCCGGUCGGCCCGGGGCUGUCGCUGGAGCCGCCCACCACCACGGAGGCGGAGGAGGAGGAGGACGGGAUGACGGAGCUGAACCAGGACGUGAUCGGCCUGAUCUGGAGCCAGGACCUGAGGGUCCAGGAGGCCCGUCGCCUGCUGCAGAGCUCCCGGCCCGUCCGGGUCAGCGUGGUCCACCUGCCCGAGGUCAGCGACCACGAGUACAUCGAGGAGAAGGAGAACAAGCUGUUGCAGCUGUGCCAGAGGACCAUGGCGCUGCCCGUGGGCAGGGGGUUAUUCACCCUCUUCUCCUACCACCCGGUGCCAACAGAGCCCCUGCCAGUGCCCAAGCUCAACCUCACAGGCCGUGCCCCUCCCAGGAACACCAUGGUGGACCUGAACAGCGGCAACAUCGACGUCCCCCCCAACAUGACGGGCUGGUCCAGCUUCCACAACGGGGUGGCAGCCGGCCUGACCAUCGCCCCUGCCUCCCAGGUGGACUCGGCCUGGAUCGCCUACAACAAGCCCAAGAUCCCCGAGCUGGCCAACGAGUACGCCGGCUUCCUCAUGGCCCUCGGCCUCAACGGACACCUGACCAAGCUGGCCACGCUCAACAUACACGACUAUCUGACCAAGACCAUGGACAUGUCCAUCACCCGGCUGCUGAGCAUCCACAUCCCUGCCCUGCUGCCGCCCACCUCCACGGAGCUGGACGUCCCUCACAACGUGCAGGUGGCCGCCGUGGUGGGCGUCGGCCUGGUGUACCAGGGCACCGGGCACCGCCACAACGCCGAGAUCCUCCUUGCAGAGAUAGGUCGGCCCCCUGGCCCGGAGAUGGAGUACUGCACAGACAGAGAGUCCUACUCCCUGGCUGCAGGCCUGGCGCUGGGCAUGGUGUGUCUGGGGCACGGCAGUAACCUGAUCGGCAUGACCGAUCUCAACGUGCCAGAGCAGCUGUACCAGUACAUGGUUGGUGGGCACCGACGCACCCAUACUGGCAUCAACAGGGAGAAACACAAGUCCCCCAGCUACCAAAUCAAGGAGGGUGACACCAUCAACGUGGAUGUGACGUGUCCUGGGGCCACUCUGGCCCUGGCCAUGAUUUACCUGAAGACCAACAACAGGUCCAUAGCUGAUUGGCUGAAAGCCCCGGACACCAUGUUCCUCCUGGACUUCAUCAAGCCAGAGUUUCUGCUUCUGAGGACCCUGGCCAGGUGUAUCAUCAUGUGGGAUGAAAUCUUGCCAAACUCUGACUGGGUCAGCAGCAAUGUUCCCCAGAUUAUCAAGGAGAACAUUGGGAACACGGUGGUGUCAGAGGACCUGAACAUGGAGACUUUGGCCCAGGCUCAUGAUUACAUCAUCGCAGGAGCCUGUAUGGCUGUGGGCUUCCGAUUCGCCGGCUCAGCCAACUCGGACGCCUUUGACUGCCUGUACAAGUUUGCCAGGACCUUCAUGCAAGGUUUGACAUCAGCUACAGCCACAGUUACGGGCCCCUACAACCUGCAGACGUGUCUGAGUAUGGUCCUGCUGGCCGUCUCCAUGGUGAUGGCGGGCUCGGGGAACCUGCGUGUGCUGCAGCUCUGCCGCUUCCUCCACAAGCGCACCAGCGGGGAGAUGAACUACGGCUUCCACAUGGCCCACCACAUGGGCCUGGGCCUGCUGUUCCUGGGAGGGGGCAGAUACACUCUAAGCACAUCCAACUCUGCCAUCGCUGCCCUGCUCUGCGCCCUCUACCCACACUUUCCUGCCCACAGCACCGACAACAGGUACCACCUCCAGGCCCUGCGACACCUCGGGGUGCUGGCGGCUGAGCCUCGUCUGCUGGUCCCGGUGGAUGUGGACACCCUGAAACCCUGCUACGCCCUGCUGGACGUCACAUACAAGGAGAGCCAGUGGUACGAGGAGACCACCGUGGAGCUGAUGGCUCCCUCCAUGCUGCCCGAACUGCAGCUUCUCUCACGGAUUAAGGUGAAAGGACCUCGUUACUGGGAGCUGUCCAUAGACCUCAGUAAAGGAACUCAGCAUCUAGAGUCCAUCCUCUCCAGAGAUGGCGUGCUGUACGUGAAGCUGCGUGCGGGCCAGCUGCCCUACAAGGACGACCCGCGCGGCUGGAAGAGCCUGCUAGCCCCCAGCGUCAACAACAGGAACUCUGAAGUCCGCACCUUCAAGCCUGAAGCCAUCUCCACCUUCACCUCCGACCCUGCCUUGGUCUCCUUCGCCGAGUACUUCUGCAAGGCCUCGGACGGCAUGAAAAAUAGAGGGGAGACCCUGGCCUUGUUCUCGGCCAUCCUGUACGAGUGUGUGACCCAGGAGAACCCCGAGAUGCUGCCCACCUACAUCGCCAUCGACCAGGCGGUGCGGAGCCUGCGCAGGGGCGAGCCCAGCGAGACCUUCGCCCUGUGGCAGAUGAGGCUGGUGCUGGAGAUGUGCGAGAGCCGCACGCUGCAGGGGCGCGUCCGGGAGGGCGGGCAGGGCGGCGGGGCGCUGCUCAGCUCCGAGUUCCUGCCCGUCAUGAAGAACACCGCUGAUGGGACCCUCGACCACUGGCUUGCAGAUCACAGUGAGGUGCUGCGUGCGUAUCUGAGGAACCAGCCCCUGGCAGAGGGCAGACAGUCGACCAUGCUGGCCUGUUUCCUGGUCUACCACUCCAUUCCCUGCCUCAGAAGCUUCCACCACAGUCCCCUGGAAGGAAUCCCCUCCUUCCCUGAGCUGCUGCUGCGGUUCAGCCAGCUGGGCGUUCCAGUGCGGGCCCUGCUGCGCCUCUCUCCUCUCAUACUGGGCCCCGCCCCCUCGCCACAUGCCCUCUGACGGCAGGCAGGAAGCGUCACGCAGCCGCCUGCCUUCUGAUGUCACAUCUGCCACAUCGCCAUGGCAUCACGUCUGGGGGCUUGCCACUCCCGGACGACACACAAGCGCACGCCUUCUGCCUCGACGCCUCUCUCGUCCAAUAGCAUCCGUCUGUGGCUCUCACAGCAUGCGACGGUGCUCUGUGACACAAAUGACUGCAGACGGACUGGGCCUCUGACCCGCCUCCUCUGAGCUGACACUGCACUGCUCUCGUCUAACAGUCAGACCUUAAUGUACAGUAUGACCUGACAUAGGCCUUCUCACUUUAUACAACUUGUAUGUCAUGUUUGUCUGUAUGUUUCUACCCAAGUUGUACUAAUGUACCAAAUAAAGUGGAAUUGGAAACUUGG